AAUGAGCACGGCCUCGCUCAGUUCCUGCAAGGAAAAGGUGCCAGCCGCAAAGUCAUUGCUGGCAUAAUAUCCCGUUAUCCCCGAGCCAUCACUCGCUCCAUUGAACACUUGGAACAACGCUGGCAGCUGUGGAGAAACAUCUUCCAGACAGACGCAGAAAUCAUAAGCAUCCUGGAUCGCUCACCUGAGUCGUUUUUCCGCUCCAGUGAUAACGACAACUUGGAAAAGAACAUCAAUUAUCUGGUCUCACUGGGACUAAAUGCCAAAGACCUCCACCGGCUGCUGACCACAGCACCGCGGACAUUCUCCAACAGCUUAGAGCUCAACAAGCAAAUGGUGGAGUUUCUGGAAGAUAUCUGCACAGAGCUCGGUGGAAGUAACCCAGAGCAGUUUGCAAAAAUGGUCAUUACAAGAAAUCUUUACAUUCUAAUCAGAAGCACUAAGAGAGUCAAGACAAACAUCGACAACCUGAAAGCAUCACUUAAGUUGAGUGAUUCAGAACUGCUGGCUCUUCUUCAAGGCCACGGGGCAGAAAUUCUGGACCUUUCCAACGAGUACCUGAAAAAGAAUUUCAACAGCCUGGAGCAGAAGAUGACCGUACUUGGCUGUCGGAAAGCUGAUGUUAAAAAACUGAUCAUCAACUAUCCGAUGAUUCUCUACAUUGGGCCUGACACUCUGAGCUCUAAACUAGACUGUCUUUUAAAAGGAGGAAUAACAAUGAAGCAGAUACUGGAAAAGCCCAAAGUUUUGGACUACAGCACACAAAACAUUACAGGGCGACUAGAGGAACUGAGAAGGGUGGGCUAUGACUUCCAGAAGAAUGGCAUCAACAUCCUCGAUUCAAGUCGAAAGCGGUUUGCCGCAAAAAUAGAAAAACUUUCUGCCUCACCAGAAGAAUGAGUGUAGCUUGCUGCCUGUCAGACAGUGUUGGCUGAUACCUUUUCAUCUUUUUGACUUAAGAAUAAUCAGGUUUCAUGUUCAGAGAUAGUAUGAUUGAGCUCUUUUAAUAUCCCAAACUUAAUUUCAGUAUUGAAAUCUAAACAUUGUGCCUGUGAUAUUCUUCUAGUCUCACAGAAGUAAUUAAAGCAGUAAAAAUAAUAAGUUGAAGGUCUGGGGACAUGGAAUUACAUUUGAAGCUAAUGAGUAAAAGAAAAUUGUCAGUGGAUUACCCAUUAUGUAAUGUUUCAGCUCAAAUACCAGGUGUUUUAAUCCAUCAAUACAUAAAUAUGCUGUCUUGAAAUAAAAAAAAAAUGCAA